AUGAAGGCUGUCGGCGUGUUGGCUCUGAUUAUCAGCCUCAGCAUCGUCACGGAAUCCAAAGUCUACACCCGAUGUAAACUGGCAAAAAUAUUUGUGAAGGCCGGCCUGGACCAUUAUGGGGGAUUUAGCCUUGGAAACUGGAUCUGUAUGGCGUAUUACGAGAGCCACUACAACACCACGGUCCAGAACACCCUGGGGGAUGGGAGCAUUGACUAUGGCAUUUUCCAGAUAAACAGCUUCACGUGGUGCAGGAACGCAAACGUGCAACAGAACAACCGCUGCCACGUUGCCUGCUCAGCCUUGAUCACUGAUGACCUCACAGAUGCCAUUCUCUGUGCCAAGAAAAUUGUUAAAGAGACACAAGGGAUGAACUACUGGCAGGGCUGGAAGAAACACUGUGAGGGCAAAGACAUGUCUGAGUGGAAGAGAGGAUGUGAGGUUUCCUGA